GAUAAACAGGAGAAGAAACGCCUGGCAAUACCUGCGGCAUCCUCAGUAGAAACAUAUCAACAAAGAAAAAACAGAGAAUUGAAAAUUCAACUGGGCAGGAAUGGAUGUCACAUAAAAGAACUCACGUAGGGGAGAAACCAAAAAAAUGCAUGUCACCUGAGUACAUGUCAAAUAACUCAUACAGAGGAGAAACUGUAAGUAUGGAAUGUGAAAAGACCUUCAGCCACAGCAGUAAUCCGAGUUCACAUCAAAGAACUCACACUGGGGAGAAGCCAUAUAAAUGCAUUGAAUGUGGGAAGACCUUCAGUCAACGCAAUAGCCUGAGGUCACAUCAAAGCACUCACACCGGGGAGAAACCAUUUAAAUGCAUGGAAUGUGGAAACAGCUUCAGUAAACGCAGUCAUCUUAUUUCACAUCAAAGAACUCACACCGGGGAAAAACCUUAUAAAUGCAUGAGAUGUGGAAAGAGUUUCACUGACAGCAGUGCCCUGAGUAGACAUCAAAGAACUCACACUGGGGAGAAGCCAUAUAAAUGCAUUGAAUGUGGGAAGACCUUCAGUCAACGCAAUAGCCUGAGGUCACAUCAAAGCACUCACACCGGGGAGAAACCAUUUAAAUGCAUGGAAUGUGGAAACAGCUUCAGUAAACGCAGUAACCUGAGCUCACAUCAAAGCACUCACACCGGGGAGAAACCAUUUAAAUGCAUGGAAUGUGGAAACAGCUUCAGUAAACGCAGUAACCUGAGCUCACAUCAAAGCACUCACACCGGGGAGAAACCAUUUAAAUGCAUGGAAUGUGGAAACAGCUUCAGUAAACGCAGUCAUCUUAUUUCACAUCAAAGAACUCACACCGGGGAAAAACCUUAUAAAUGCAUGAGAUGUGGAAAGAGUUUCACUGACA